ACGGUCACUUUACACAGCCGCAACAAAAUAAAGGAGGAAAAAAGGCAGAUUGGGUGGAAAACUGGAUUGCGUCCGGCGGAAAAUUCUACUUUUAAGUUUCUCAAACUAUGCAAAGCUUGGAAUUAAUUGAAAAAAACAUUAAACAGAGGCCUUUAGCAAGGAUUAGAAAAGGAAACUUUUCUCUGUGUGUGCAGUGCGUGUGCUUGUGUACGUGAAGAAGGAGGAGGAGGAUACCGAGGAGGAGAGUUUUUCGCAGGGAAAUUACGCCAACUUUGUGGGAGUUCAAGUGCUUAUGUGUGUGUGCAACACCCCCCAAGCCCACGCACACAUAGCCAGCCAACCGCCGUUUGUUUUGUGUUCACAUUCGCGUGCCGCCUUUGUUUGGUUUUCCUUUGGUCUAUGAUUUUCCGUAUUGUUUGCAUCCGCCGGCUUCGAUUACGUUUACACUAGUGUUACACUCUUUCAUCCGGUUUAUACACUUGGUCCUGAUCCUAGUCCCGGAUCCAGAUCCAGAAACAACGCCGUCGUGGAUGUCCACGCUCGUACUUUGAAUGAAUUUGUCUCAGGACUUUGGCAUGGGCGGCGGCCCGGGGGCGGGCCCGCCUGCCCACAUGUACGGCGCCGUAGCCCCGCAAGAUAUAAUUGUUCGGGACAUGGUGCAAAUGCCACCGCCGCCGCCUUCAAACGCACCCACAUCGGCGGAUGCCUGUCUAAGCAUCGUCCACUCGCUAAUGUGUCACCGGCAGGGCGGCGAGAGCGAGGGAUUCGCCAAGCGGGCCAUUGAAUCGCUGGUCAAAAAACUCAAGGAGAAGCGUGAUGAACUGGACUCCUUGAUCACAGCCAUCACCACUAAUGGAGCCCAUCCCAGCAAGUGCGUGACCAUCCAGCGGACCCUUGACGGGCGACUGCAGGUAGCCGGAAGGAAGGGCUUUCCCCACGUUAUCUACGCCCGAAUUUGGCGCUGGCCUGACCUCCACAAGAACGAGCUAAAACACGUUAAGUACUGCGCCUUCGCCUUCGAUCUCAAAUGUGACUCGGUGUGCGUGAAUCCUUACCACUACGAGCGCGUUGUCUCCCCGGGCAUCGAUCUAUCUGGCUUGAGCCUGCAGUCCGGGCCCAGUCGUUUGGUGAAGGACGAAUACUCAGCGGGUCCGUUAGUGGGCAGCAUGGACAUAGAUGGCAACGACAUCGGUACCAUACAACACCAUCCCACGCAAAUGGUGGGUCCCGGCGGCUACGGAUAUCCACAGGGGCCCUCCGAAUAUGUUGGCGAAGCCAAUCCCAUGAGUGCAAUGUUUCCAAGCGGGCGCACAAUACCAAAAAUCGAGCCACAGGACGGUGUUGCUGGGUCGCGUAGCUCUUGGAUGGUGCCACCGCCUCCGCGGCUCGGUCAGCCCCCGCAGCAACAGCCGCAGCAGCAGCAACAACCCCCACAGCCCCCCCAGCAGCAGCAGCCAUCCCAGGCAGCUGCUCAUCCACUUUCUGUACCUCAUGGAAUGCCGGGAAUGCCUGGCCCCAUGAAUCCUGGUCCUGUGAUGGCGCCCCCACCUCCACCCCAACAAGCUCAGAAUCCCCAAGGCAACGGGGUGCAUCAUACGCAGGCAAAUUCGCCCACAGAUCCCGCCUCCGCCUUGGCUAUGCAACAGCAGCAACAACAACAACAGCAGUCAGGAGGCGUUCCCAAUGGGGUGGUCAAUGCCAGCGGUGGGGCAGCAACUGGAGGACAGUACUACGUACAGCCACCACCUGGAAAUCAAAUGCAAAACGCUGGAGGCAGUGGCUCUUCGGUUCCCCCGCCCGUACACGCCCAACAAAAUGGUUAUGUAUCACAGCCAGGAUCAGCGGGUCCAGCUGCUGUAGGUGGAGGCAGUGUUUUUGGUUCAACUCAACCCACAGCGCAGCAACCACAGCAGCCGCCGACAGGGGUGCAAGCCAAUGCUGGAUCUGCGGGGGCUCAAGCUGGCGGAGCAGGCGGCUCAACUGGCACUUGGACAGGACCCAACACCCUCACCUACACACAGUCCAUGCAACCACCCGAUCCGCGGUCUCUACCAGGUGGCUUCUGGAAUUCGUCGCUGCCAGGUGACUUAGCAUCUCCGCAACAGACGCCUCCUCAGCAGCAACAACAACAGCAACAGCCACGACUACUGUCUCGCCAACCACCGCCGGAAUACUGGUGCUCUAUAGCCUACUUUGAACUCGAUACGCAGGUGGGCGAGACCUUUAAGGUACCCUCGGCGAAACCGAAUGUAAUUAUCGAUGGUUAUGUGGAUCCCUCGGGAGGUAACCGAUUUUGUCUGGGCGCCCUAAGCAAUGUUCAUCGCACAGAGCAAUCAGAACGUGCCAGGCUCCACAUCGGCAAAGGCGUGCAGUUGGACCUGCGUGGUGAGGGCGACGUCUGGCUGCGCUGCCUAAGUGACAAUUCAGUCUUCGUACAAAGCUAUUAUCUGGAUCGCGAGGCCGGUCGCACGCCUGGCGAUGCAGUGCACAAGAUUUACCCGGCGGCGUGCAUCAAGGUGUUUGAUCUGCGUCAGUGCCAUCAGCAGAUGCACUCGCUGGCCACCAAUGCACAAGCAGCGGCUGCAGCUCAAGCAGCAGCAGUGGCCGGAGUGGCCAAUCAGCAAAUGGGCGGCGGCGGAAGAAGCAUGACAGCUGCGGCUGGAAUUGGAGUGGAUGAUCUGCGUCGGCUCUGCAUCCUGCGACUGAGCUUCGUCAAAGGCUGGGGACCCGACUACCCACGGCAGUCUAUCAAGGAGACUCCCUGCUGGAUCGAGGUCCAUCUGCAUCGCGCUCUCCAGCUGCUGGACGAGGUGCUCCAUGCCAUGCCCAUCGAUGCCUCUGCCUAAUCCGUAUUUAUUAUCGGCCCAAGUCUACGUUAAGAACACAGUUAUAUCAGCAAAUAUCCGACAGCUAUUGACGGAUUUUCGGUUUUCAUUUGCAUCUUCUGAAUACGAUUAUGUUUGCCUUUGAUUAUUUAAUAAUGAUUUUUAUAAAAAAUUUAAACAAUUUAGCAGUUUUAAGUAUGCAGCUGUAAAGCACUAAGCAUCUAGUUUUAUGUACUAUUCUUAAAUAUGCACACACGCAACACCAGAGGUAACAGAGGCAAGUGUUUGUUGCCCUAUUCCUGCCACGAAAAUCACGACAAGAAGCAUACACAGCAUUACAAUCAUCCAAGCCAUAAGGCGAAACAAAAAACCAUCGAUGCACCCAUAAAUACAUACAUUUGAUGUAAAAUGCAACAUAAAUAAGGCAAGCAAAACAAGUAGUUGUAACUUAAGUGUAAUAAACAGACCAUAAAGUAAUGA